AUGUCGAAUCUCGAGAAGAGCCUUCCAAAGCCAAAGAUCGAGCUAUACAGCGGCAGAUAUUUCGCAGCAUGCGCAAUUGGUGGAAUAAUUGCCUGCGGACCGACACAUACAGCAGUCACUCCUCUGGAUCUCGUCAAAUGUCGAAGACAAGUCGAUGCCAACCUCUACAAAUCCAAUCUCUCGGCCUGGAGCACGAUAUACAAGGGUGAAGGACUUCGUGGGGUGUUCUUCGGUUGGUCGCCGACAUUUGUGGGAUACUGUUUCCAAGGUGGUGGAAAAUAUGGUUUCUAUGAGGUGUUCAAGUAUCUCUAUGGAGAGAAGACUUUCCCAAAUGCCAAUAAGACUGUGAUCUUCUUGGCAGCAAGUGCUAGUGCGGAGUUCCUUGCAGAUAUUGCUCUUUGUCCGUUUGAGUCUAUCAAGGUUCGAAUGCAAACUACACUACCACCUUUCGCGAAUAGUCUGAGAGAAGGAAUGAGCAAGGUCAUCAAGGAGGAAGGCUAUGGAGGGCUAUACAAGGGAUUGUAUCCUCUCUGGGGUCGUCAAAUCCCUUACACCAUGGUCAAGUUCGCAACUUUUGAAGAGACCGUAGGACAGAUUUACAAAUAUCUCGGCAAGCCAAAGGAGUCAUACAGCGGCUUACAACAAACUGGAGUCUCUUUCUUGGGUGGUUACAUUGCAGGUAUCGGCUGUGCCGUCGUUUCACACCCAGCAGACGUCAUGGUGUCCAAGUUAAACUCGGAUAGAAAGCCCGGAGAGGGUGCAGGUCAAGCAAUGUCCAGGAUAUAUGGGAACAUUGGAUUCAAGGGAUUGUGGAAUGGUCUGCCGGUCAGAAUCCUGAUGAUUGGUACCUUGACUGCAUUCCAGUGGUUGAUCUAUGAUUCGUUCAAGAUUAAUGAAUUCGACGAUCUCAAAUACCCUCAGGGCAGUCAAGUUUCCGAACUUUCACAUCACUUCAAGGACUUUUUACUCACAUGCAAAUAUGACACAACUAGGCACCGCAUUUGA